AUGUUCAAGCAGCUCAAACAGACCGUGGCGUCCGCCAUUUCCUCCAACCCUCUCUACGAGUACGUACUGGACACCUCUGGUACUACACUUUGUGGGCGCAACAACUUGUUCGAGAAGUGCGACGCGGUGGUGCGCGCGAGUGGAAAGAAGGUUACUAUUUUUACCCUGCGAAUAAAGAGGAUGCUGGAGUGCUGCAGCGCUGACGAGGCGCUCGCGAUCAUUAAGACUGUAAAGGACAGUGUCGCACUGCUGACUCACAUGCGCCACCCCGGCAUCCUCAGCAUCGACGGUCAACUUGUCGAGAGCAAAAGCAAGAUAUGGUUUGUGACGGAGCGAGUGUCGAUGGUGCUCACGCCGGAGACUGUUCAUGGACUCCCUCUUCAGGUGAAGCUGCUGGGACUCUGCCACUGCGCCGAGGCCAUUCGAUUCCUGCACGAGAGGGCAGAGAUUCUUCUCUUCAACUUCGCCUUUUCUUCCAUCUACGUAGCCGAGGACAACAAAUGGAAGAUCGGCGACCUCUGCUUCGCUGUGCCGCGCGCCCAGCUCAACGCUCCGCCACCGUCGCCCUUCCCUUUCCACAGCGUGGCGGCGCCGCUACUGGACUACCUGCCGACAGAGUACGUAGACUUUUGCACUAAGCAGAGCGAUACCGCCCACAGAGACCUCUUUUCCGCUGAAGCUGCGCCGCUCGUGUACCCGGACAGCGACACUUACGGGUUUCUCGUGGUUACGGUAGAGGCCUUGGAGGAGAAGCGGCUCUUCCACUGCAGCGGAAACCCACGAGAGCAGCAGCGGCAGCUGAGCUCCGUUGAGGUGCUCAUGUCGCGCUACUUUCCCGCCGGGGCGUUGCGGCUCCCACGUCCGCCGAUUGCGACGGUCAUCAGCACCGGCCCCUUCGCGACGCCGGACAUGAAGACGCUCACUGCUUUGCUCUCCUUCGACAUCCUCGACAAUGACACGCGCUUUAGACUACUAAAGGCGCUCUACGACGGCCUCACUCAGAGCGGCUUUUGCGAGGCUGUCAUCCUGUCAGAUAUUGUGCCUCUCAUGCUGCGGGUGAGUAAGAUGGAUGCUAUGCUUCGCUUUGCGCUGCCGAUACUUCUGCUGUGCGCUGGCACCCUCUGUGCCGACAACUUUUCUCGCGCCUUACGGGAGUACUUCGUGUCGCUGCUAACUGCCAUUAUUCGAGCCCCGUCUCUACAGCGGCUGGCGGUGUACGCCGAACAACUUCUACAGAGGCGUGAGAGCAUCCACAAGCACUUUGCCAGUGUGGAGGACAGAGCAACGUUCAUUGUUCCUCUCAUCAUGAAGUUGAUGCAGAGCGACGGAAAUGAGCGCCUCCAGAAAGGUAGCCUGGAGUGGCUUCGCGACGUACUGAUACAGACCCCCACCAUCAAUCUCGACUUGCCAAACGACAUAGCCACUCGUUUGCUCCACGUCGCCUCGUCAAACGCAGACUUCUUUUCACUCGCCUUUCAGUGCCUCGAGAAGAUCCUCACAUUGGCCACGACAGAGACUAAAAUGGAAGUAGAAGUGAGCCUGACGCGAGACAUCUCCAAUGCCACCCUCUCGUUGACAACAGUGCAGCAGGAUUACAUACUGAACCUCCUGAAGAGCAUACAGGAGAAGAUGUCCCCAGAGCAUCGCGCUAUCAGGUCGAUCCCGCUCCUGUGUCCUCUGCUCCUUCACACCAAUGGAACCGUGCGGCAGUUUGCUGUUGCGUCGAUUGUCGGGUACGCGCAACUGUUUGGCAGCGGCCCAACGCCACCGCUACCAUCCAACGGCGCCUCCGUUUCCUCCUCAGAGGCGCAUUCUGCAGCACCGCUUGCACUCACGGCUCCCUUGACGCGAUCCACACAGUCUCCUUCAGCCGCGCAGCCAGCAACGCGCGCAAACGAUGACGUCUUUGCGUCGCUGUUUUCCUAA